AUGAGUAAAAGAUCAGCUAUAAUACAAAGAAAUACUAAUGAAACUAAAAUACAAAUAGCCUUAAACUUGGAUGGUGGUAAUGUAUCAUUAGAAAAAUCUAUAUUUGAAAAAAAUGGAACAACAGAGGAUGAACAUGCAAAACAAAUAUCGGGUGGUCAAUUAAUAAAUGUCCAAACUGGUAUUGGAUUUUUAGAUCAUAUGUUACACGCAUUAGCUAAACAUUCAGGUUGGUCAUUAAUUAUAGAAUGUGUUGGUGAUUUACAUAUAGAUGAUCAUCAUACAAGUGAAGAUGUUGGUAUUGCUUUAGGUUUAGCUUUUAAUAAAGCUCUUGGUCAAAUUAAAGGUGUUAAAAGAUUUGGUCAUGGUUUUGCUCCAUUGGAUGAAGCUUUAAGUAGAGCUGUUGUUGAUUUAUCAAAUAGACCAUAUUCAGUUAUAGAUUUAGGUUUAAAACGAGAAAAAAUUGGUGAUUUAAGUUGUGAAAUGUUACCCCACGUUUUAGAAAGUUUUGCUCAACUGGCUAGUAUAACAUUACAUGUGGAUUGUUUAAGAGGUUUUAAUGAUCAUCAUAGAGCUGAAUCUGCUUUUAAAGCUUUGGCAAUUGCUAUAAAAGAAGCUAUAUCAAAAACUGGUAAAGAUGAUGUACCAAGUACUAAAGGUGUUUUAUCAUAA